CACUGAAGGAUUUGUUUACAUUGUGGACUUGACUCUCACGCGGCCUGAAGACUAGACGUAGUAUUGAAAAUAAUUGUCGUCACAUGUGAUAAGUCUGGUUAGCCGUAUUCAUACCAAACUAAAGAUAUAAGAGGAUAAAACACUAGAUUUGCCGCCGUAAGACCUACGUGUAAUGAAAGCAAGAUGGAAUCCUACCCAGAGGUUGUCCAGGGUUUUAAGGAGCAACUUCAAGCAUAUAUUCAUGAGAUAUGGAAAAGUGGAAAAUAUAUAUUUCCAGAAGAAACCAUCUUUAGAUACCACAGCACCACCAAAACAUCCUCAUUUCUCCUUGGUAAAACCUGUUGAGGGUUUCAAGGUGGCUUACAUCGUUUUUUUGAAUGAAGAGGGAUUAAGGCAAGCCAUGGCUGCAUCACCAUCCAAAGUUUUAAUUUUGUCUACUCCAGAUAAUCCAGUUCUCACAGGCAUUAAGAAAUGGCACCAAGAGUAUAACAGCCAGUACAUUAGCCCAGAAGAUCUCGGUGAAGAGAUUAAAGCUGUAAUGGAAAACUAUGAGAAAGAAAAAUCGCAAGUGAAGAAUUCAGCCAAGGAAGAUGAACCUGAUAAAGAUGGAUGGGUUACAGUAACCUCAAAGAAAGUUCAAAAGCCAAAAUUACUGAAAGAGACUGAAUUUAAGAAGAAAACUAAGAGGAAGAAGAAGAAGAAGAAGGAGAUUGAACUGGUGAAAUUUUAUGGCUUCCAACAAAGACAGAGGAAAAUUGACAAACUUGCCCAGUUACGAAAGAGGUUUGAGGAGGACAAGAAGAGAAUCAACAUGAUGAAAUCAUCUAGAAAGUUCAGACCCUGAUGAAAUCCUUCAUGUAAGAUUUGUAAUAUAUGUAAUGAUAUUUUACCAAA